CAAAAACAGGUUUUUCAGUUUAAGAUUGAAAAUUGAGCAAAACACUGCGAAGAUUGAAGUGGAUUUCUCUACGUACUCGACGCGUAACUUUGAUUUCAGGUUGUGGUGAACUCUUUUCAAAGUAAGGAAACUAGUGUCCAGGUCAGCGCGGUCCCAAAGCUGACUGUGUCCCUUUAAUACAGCCAAGGUAUUGAUGUAGUGACUACUGACACUACUCACAAAAGAUGUGACUACUCAUGAAAGAUUUCCCCCACAGAUCCUGAUUUCCUACAAGGGGCAGGAAAGAGGUGAUGUCACUGCAUGCAAGGACAUAAAGUUGAAUGUUAAGGGUUCCAUGGACACAAGGUCCAACCAACCUGCCGGUCCUUCAGGCUACUGCUUUCCAAAUAGCCAGUGUACCCUACAUUGAACUGAAGUUCUCCCACUUCUUACUUAAAAGUAAGAAGAUGUUAUCUAGUACCUGUUACAUUAUCAUUGUCCUAGGACCACUAUGUGCUUCUCCUACAAACAAGCCUUCAACAAUCCUGCUACACAGCUCCAAUGAUCUCUUUACACUUUGUGCCUAUUGACCCUCAGUCUCCUCUACAGGCUCUUCCAGUGCCCUGAUUCCUUUCCACAUUAGGUUUCAGACAUUUAAACUUUGUUCACAUACUCUGCUGACAUAGGCACGAGUUGGGUCACUUACAGCAAUUUGGAGCAGCUACUGACUGCUGGCAUGCCUGCUAAGUUAAGUUGAGUUGAGUUCAAUGAAGCCACCAAUUGCAACUGGCCCCUUUGUCUCAGGUUUAUCAGUAGAGAAUAUGAACUAGUCUUAAAUCACAAGAUCACCUGUUUACCCAGGCUUUUAUGGCCUUUCUCCCUCUAGUAGAAACCUUUCUUGGAUUUCGAUUUUAGAAGCAGAACUGCAAAUGGCCACAUUUGCCAAGGACGUAGGUAUACCUAGCUUGCGAGCAGGUUCAGAAAGGUGAACCUGAUCACAGGCUGUGCUAUAUACCCAACCAUCCCUUUCUGAGGUAACUACCAAUUGCUGGGUCCCAUAGCCUCCACCAUUAGGACAUAGUCACCCAAUACACCAAUACACCAGUGGUGGCCUCAUUGGUCAGUCUGGGAAGGAAGCAAACCUGUAAGCACCACACUUUCAGCUUACCAGGAUGGCCACGCCUGUCUGUUGCCUUAAGGUCCUCUUCAAUAUUCCAACUGCUUCUGAAUCUCAACUCUUUGAUGCCUGUCUGUCUGGCAACUGAAUAUUCUGUAGAGCCUGGACUGUAUUAAAUUCUCAGUUUAAGUUAGCCAUCAAUACAUUUAUUUUAGUCUUGAUAUUUCAAAUCCAUAUAAUUAUUGCUCUAUAUGUUGUUGGUCCACGAUAUAAUUUGUCCGGGUAUUCUGUGGUUCUUAUCCAAAAUAAUGUAAAAUUAAAAUAAAUAGUUUCAUUAACUCUUUUAGGUCCACACUUCAUUGUGUUACAGACAACCAGAAAAGAUGGUUGGUCUUUGGCAUUGCCCUCAACAAGGUCCUGGUUACCCAAAUACGUUUCUUUGCUGAACGAGAAGUUCAGAGAGAGUAUGGCAAUCUUCAAACAAGCCACAAUAUUCACACUCGGAGCACAUCUGGGCGACUUAAGAAUUGGCCAACAUUCUUAAAGUAUGAGAACAUCAACGGCAACGAUGUAUUUCCCAGGCUGCCAGGUGGAAGGCUCAAUUACUCCUUGUUUGACUGCCGUGUGACAUCACAUGUUGACUUUGCCAAGCUCUAUGUAGAAAACCACAUGGCUAAGUUCAACGCCUUUGAUGAACACUGCGAUGCAUCUGCCGUGCUCACCUUGCUUGGUAAAGUGCCAGUCUUCUCUCCAGCUGUACAGAGUGCUGCAAAUGAUGUUAGACAAGCUAGAAAUUCCUGGGCUCACUGUGUAUUCAGUGAGUGGGAUCCAGUGAAUUAUCAACAUAGUUUUAACAAGAUGGAAACGCUAGUGAAGGCCUUGGCUUUGCCACCCAUCAUCGAAAGGAAUCUCUUAGGAGAAAUGAAAGACUGGGAGUCAAAAGGGACAAUACUGUGUAUGAAUGCUACUGUGGAUGCUGACCUGUUGAAGUUGGUACAACAGCACGUCAAUGUACUGAAUACAGACGUGGGGAAGUUGACAUUUGAAGUACAGGAGGAUAAGAAGCGAGUAUCACAAGCACUAAAGUACAUUUCAACAAGCCUGGAGGAGCUACGAGCAAGAGUUGCGAGUGUGCAGCAUGAACAAGAAGUCAUGAAACAAGAGCAAAGUUCUCUCUCGGAUAAAAUGGAUAACUUGGAAGCCGAUAUGGAUGGUACUCACGAACAGUUGAAAAGUCUUAAGUGUCAACAAGAAGAUGUGCAACAACAAGUUGCACACGUGGAAGAAAAGCUGAAUUCCGCUUUCGAGAAUCGAGAGGACUGCAGUUAUGAAGGUGCCGCUGAUGUAGUGAACCAGCAAAACGAGAGCAAAGUGUCUGUUGGUGAGUUGUAACUUACGAUUCUUAAUUCAAAGGGACUGUGAUUUCAUCUGCAUAGGACCGACACACUGAAAACAAACCAAACUUCUGACCCGUUUCUGGGGAUUAUCAACCACAUCCUCAAACUCUCUUUCUUUGGGUUAUUAGGCCCGGGUCGCACUA